AUGGCUGUCGACGAAAAGCCCCUUUUCUCUCCCACCCUCAUAUCUCCCGACGUCGCUGCAGCUCUGCCGGAGGGCUAUACCGUCCGACCGCUGCGCCGUUCCGACUACCACAAUGGCUACCUGGACGUUCUCCGGGUUCUUACCACCGUUGGAGACGUUUCCGUAGAGCAAUGGAACCAAAGAUACGACUGGAUGUCCGUCCGCAGUGACGAGUACUAUCUUCUGGUUAUCUGUGAUGGAACUGGCCGUGUUGUCGGUACGGGAAGCUUGAUUGUGGAGCGGAAGUUCAUCCACUCGCUGGGCAUGGUCGGCCACAUCGAAGAUAUUGCCGUUGAGAAGGGCCAACAGGGUAAGAAGCUGGGCCUGCGGAUCAUCCAGGCUUUGGACUACGUUGCAGAGAAGGUUGGCUGCUACAAGACUAUCCUUGACUGCUCCGAGGCAAACGAAGGAUUCUAUGUCAAGUGCGGCUUCAAGCGUGCCGGUCUGGAGAUGGCACACUACUACUAG